AUGCCCCCUCCCCCCCAACAGGACCACAUCUCUAUCAGCUUAGCUGGAGCGGGAAGUUACAACAACAGCAAGAGGAGGCAGUCCUGCUGGAGGAGAUGGAAGCAGCUGUCCCGGCUGCAGCGGAGCCUCGUCCUCCUGCUGCUGCUCCUCUGUGGACUCGCCUCCUACCCGGCUGUGAUGCAGCACCUCAGAGGCGGUUCAGACGGAGUAGAAGACGGUCCCAGCGUCCUGAUGCCCGUCGGUCCAGACAUGUUGCCUGAGCCGGUGAACCAGGGCCCAGCUCCACCUCCAGAACCAUCCUCACAGAGGAAGCUGUCCCUGAAGAGAGGAGCGCCCGUCCUCCAGAACCGUCUCCAGAAGCAGAGGAAUGCUUCACACACGCAGGUGGAGGGGAGGGGAGACGUCAGCUGGCGUGGGGCAGCGGUCAACCCUGAGCAGGCCACAGGGGAGCAUGUGGAGGCUCCUCCCACCAACCACACAGGUAGACCGCCAGGUGAGUCUGAUCUACCAUGUACACAGAUAGACCCUAGAUGGAAGCAGCUGUCCCGGCUGCAGCGGAGCCUCGUCCUCCUGCUGCUGCUCCUCUGUGGACUCGCCUCCUACCCGGCUGUGAUGCAGCACCUCAGAGAGAAUGCAGCUUUACGUCUGUCUGGUAACCUUGAAGCCCCUUGGGGGUUUGUCCAGGACCAUCUGGUGUGUUUCCUGCCGGGCACCCUGGCUCUCGGGGCCCACCACGGCCUUCCUGCUGACCACAUGGACCUGGCCCAGCAGCUGAUGGAGACCUGCUACCAGAUGUACCUCCAGAUGGAGACGGGCCUCAGUCCAGAGAUCGUCCACUUCAACAUGCACCAGGGCAGCACCCGAGACAUGGAAGUGAAGCUGGCAGACAGACACAACCUCCUCCGACCAGAGACGGUGGAGAGUCUCUUCUACCUCUACAGGUUCACCCAGGACCACAAGUACCAGGACUGGGGCUGGGAGAUUCUCCAGAGCUUCAACAAGUACACCAAGGUGUCCUCUGGAGGCUACACCUCCAUCAACAACGUCCGGGACCCCGCCUCCCCGAGCCCCCGAGACAAGAUGGAGAGCUUCUUCCUGGGGGAGACCCUGAAGUACCUGUACCUGCUGUUCUCCGACGACCCCGACCUCAUCAGCCUGGACCGGUACGUGUUCAACACGGAGGCCCACCCUCUGCCCAUCUGGCCCUCUGCACACACCCCCACGGACAUGUGAACCACGUGAAGACCACCUCAGGUCCACCGCCAAGACCACUUCUGCCUCUGGGCUGCCAGGCAACGCCCAGGAGAACGCCUCCUCCUCCUGGGCUCGGUGCUAAGGGACCGGUCCUCCUCUAUCCAAAUGUCUUAACCUCACGCCGCCGAGGGCUGAGGCCGAUCCUCAGCCUCUCCAGGCCUCCAGUCUGUAGAGGACCAGCAGACCCCCCCACCCCGAGGCCGCUGACUGUGUUCCUGUCUGGUUCCUGCAGGAUGUUUGUACGACUCUGGGAUAUAAAGCCAGGACCCCGCGGGGCCUCAGCUGCCCUCGGGUCACCCCGCCCCAUGCGGCAUUCACGACCUCCAGGAGAAAUACACUCCGCCGCUGUUUAUUCCACGUACCACGAAUGCAGCAUCCGACUCUGGUCUCAUUCCACCUGUUGCCAAGCAACGGACUUAUUUACUGUGAACUUGUUUUCUAAAGACGGCGUCACGUCUCCAUCUUCCUGCAACAGGAAGGAAGCGUCUGUACUUUGUAGUUUAUAUCGCCCAGAACCACAGACCCACCAGGUCCACGGCACGACCUCCAGACCUCGUCCUGUGUCUGGCCACUCGUCUCCAGCUGCAUGUCUCGUGUCCCGAGCCAAAGAAGAC